AUGUUGAAAAAGCCCAGGUUUCUCAGCUACAGCAGCAAACUACUAAGCUCGCCCACAAUUAUCACAACCAGGAGCUAUGCAACAACAUCACAAUCAAAAAACGAAUAUUCAUGGCCAGCAACACCAUCCUUCACUCCAUACGACGUUUUAAACAUCCCCCGCAACGCGCCCUACAUCAAAACCCAAUAUUACGACCUAGUAAAGCUCUACCACCCAGACCGUCCACACAGCAGCGACCUAAUCAUAACGCCUGAAGUCCGACUCCAGCGCUACAAGAUCAUAGUAGCGGCACAUGAGAUCCUCUCAGACCCAGCCAAGCGCACAGCAUAUGACAUCUCCGGCACAGGAUGGAAGCAUAAUCGCCACCCCUCAUUCAACCAUGGCGGCUCAGGUAUCUACGGCAACGCGACGUGGGAGGACUGGGAACGCUGGAAUAACCGGCACAACGGCAAUCAGGCGAACAUUGUUGACUCGCGCACAUUUACGAGGCUGUUGGUUCUGCUUGUGCUGCUUGGGGGCGCUAUGCAGUUUACUUGGAUUGGUCAGUUGAGUAUUGGGCAUGAGGAUCGCAUGCGUGAUGUUAGUUCGGACUCUAUGCGGGUUUUGGCGGAGCGGAGGAGCAGUACUGUUGGUCAGAUGCCGUCUCAGGAUGCUAGGGUGCAGAGUUUCCUUAUUCGUAGGGAUCCGACUGGUUCGGGACUCAAGGAUGAGGAGGAAGGGGUUUAUCAGAGGGAACUUCAUCCUAGGAGAGGUGCGGCUGAUCUGUCGACGAAAAAAAGUGAGAAAUAG